GCUCAACGAUUAAGCCUUGUUCCCACCAGUUAUUUUUUUUACGAUUUCCCACCCAUUUUGGUUUCCCUUCACUCUCUAAUCUUGGGGCUUAUUUGAUUUGCAAGGUUUUCUAUAUAAUUUAUCCGUUCCAUUUGGAAAUUGUGUUGUUUACUUAAAUUGAUCCACUUAUGAAAUUACUCUAAAGUUUUCUCUCGCCGGAAGAAAUUGAAUUGUGUAACUUACAAAAUUACUCUAAAUUGAUCUCUUGCACUGUAUUGCGCAAUGUUUUACACAACGAGCAUAUUUCCUCUGUUUGUUGCCACAGGAGUCACACUUUCACACGUUUUUUUUUUGAGAAAGGAACGGUUUCUUGCGGGCGUGGCCAGGAGUCUAUAAAAUAUGAGGUAAUUGCACCAGAAGUACAAGAACUUGCACUCUAUGUGCAUUUUCAUACAGCUUCCAAAACGUGUUCAGGUGGUACAAGAACUUGUCUUGGAUGUGCACCGUUGGUACAAGUGGUGUCUGGAGCUGCCACGCGUCCCUGGUCCACCGUUGAAGCGUUUUUGCAGAAAAGUCCUUAUAGAAAGUGAGAAUUCGCGCGCGACCAGAAGCUUUCCCCUCUCGUCUCCACUCGUCUCUUUCCCCUCUCCUCUCUACGGCGGCCAGAACCCUAGCUGCGGCGACUGAUGCAUGGUGGACCAAGGGGAGGGGAGCAUGGACAGCACCGGCCGGCCGCCGCCGCCAGGGUUUGCCCGUCGCGGAGGGCCGCGGUGGAGGGGCAGGCCCAUGGCCCCAACACCUGAUCCUGCUCCUGCCCGUCGCGGAGGGCUGCGACAUACGGCGGCGGAGGAAGGCCAUGGCAGUACUGCGGCGACAGAGGAGAGGGUUGCGGAGGAGAGGCAAUGGAGGUACGACAAGCUGGUCUAGAAGUACAUGCUGCUGUACUGCUGCCUAGCAUCGGAGGAGGAGAGGGCGGCCAUGGCAGAGCCCAAUGGCUGGCGGCCGCCAAUCCCAAGCAAUGUCAGCUUGGAGGAGCAGAUUCGCGUCAUGGAGGCUCAGGUGGACAGCCUACGACAGCCUCCCCCGCCACCACCCCCAGCAAAUUGAACGAGGAAGACAUGCGCAUUUGGAAGGAGGGAGAUAUGUGGGCGACGAUCACAGGUGAAUACUUCUGGAAGAAUGGCGAUGGUUGGUCAAUGGAGUCAUCGACAGCAGGAGGAUCAUCUUCUCCUUCUACACUGAAGCAGAAGAAGAAACUGCAAGAGGAGAAUUCUUUGUUGCCGAUGAAGCUAAAGGGGGUGGAGCUAGAGCUAGAGAUGGGGAAGGCAGAGAACAAGAAAAUGCUGAAGAAACAUAGGCAUGAGCUUAGAAGGAGGGAUUGGAGGGAAUGUGUAAUGUUGUGCUUGUUCUCUGUUUGCUUAGUGCUUGUUGCUAUGAUCAGUGUGAGGUAGAAUGGGGAAAUGUAGGUGGUAACCAUGCUUGUUUAGAUCAAAACCAUGCUUGUAACCAA